AUGUUGUUUAAUAUCGUUGCUGUCCUGGCGGCGGCGUCAGUGUCGCUGGCGGCAACUCCUCAAGGCUUCAAGCCCGCCUCUGAAACGCCGUUGUUGGUGUCUUUCAGCGGUAUAGACGCAAGCGGCGGCAAAAUUGUCGCGAAGGAGGCGUCUCAAGCGCAGCCACAACUAGCGACAAGCUCGCGACUGACGGGGACUUCGUUCGCGGUCCUGAUGAUUGAUCUCGAUAUUCCAACGAACAGCCCGCCGGCUACGAACACCCUGCUUCACUGGAUGCAGACAGGCCUGACACAGAGCAGUUCGGCAACCCUCCUGAACACAACAGCUGGAAGAAGCAACGCCUUCGCAUUGCAGAUGCCCGGUGCUGUUGCCGCAGCUGCGUCUUAUUUCGGUCCGAGCCCCCCGGCACGUGUUCCUCUGUCGCACCGAUACACCGAACUCUUGAUAGACACCUCGGCAGCUUCGCAAGAGAGCAUGAGCGUUCUCAUGCAGGCGGCGCAAAGCCGUCAAGGCUUCAACGCUGAGCAAGUGUUGACCAAGGCUGGCUUGGCUAACAAGAUUGUGGCGGGCAACUUCUUCAAUGUAACGAACCCGGGACCUGUUCAAAACGUUGCCACUGGGAACUCCACGGGUGGAAGUGGGAGUGCUCGGGGUACCGGCACCACGAACGGGCCAAAUCAGACGACGGCACCGAUUCGAGGGUCGGCUGUCCUACAAAAGACGAACUCGUUGCUCUUGGGAGCUACUGUUGCUGGCGCUGCUCUCUUGAUUCUGUAA